AUGCCUGCGCGCAGACGAACCCGCAAAUCCGCCAAGGCGGCUCCGGUCGAGGAGGUAGAAGAGGCAGUGGAAUCUGAAGAGCAGGAAGAGGAGGAGGAGGAGGAGGAAGAAGAAGAAGCACAAUCCGACCAGGACAAGGGAGACGGCUCGUUACAUAAACUUCAGUUUAACCAGGCAAUUUCAUGGAAAGCCGGGAAAGCUAUUCCUGUUGCACACCUACUCCAAAGACUCGAGGAGCUAGGUUCAGAGCUACGAAUGCUAGAUCAAGAGGAUAUAGAUCGAAACUCGUUGACAAAGGUCUCUCAGGAGCUAGCGGAUGGACAUCUCUUGGGGCAUAGGGAUAAAGGUGUUCGCGCGUGGACAGCCUGCUGCGUUGUGGACAUAUUGCGCCUAUGUGCUCCCAAUGCGCCUUUCACCGUGAAUCAAUUGAAGGAUAUCUUCACAUUGAUUGUGACUUCAAUUAUACCAGCGCUAGCAGAUCCCUCCAACGCAUAUAAUGACCAACAUAUAUAUGUUCUUUCCUCAUUAGCAGACGUCAAGAGUAUCGUGCUGCUUACAGAUGUCCACGCUCCUGAUACCCUAAUCCUUCCUCUAUUCUCUUCCUGCUUCGAUAUUGUGUCGGGAUCUUCCAAGGCGUCAACUGGGGAGGACCUAGCAAAAAAUGUGGAAUACGAUAUGACACGACUCCUUGCUCCAAUCAUUGAUGAAGCGCCUAGUUUAGCGCCGGAAGUUAUUGACGUGAUCGUUGCGCAGUUCUUGCGCGUUGACCCUCGGGCCAUUGACCAUUCCUUGUCUACUUCCACUGGGAAGGGCAAAAAGGGAGCUACCGGCGUUGUGGAUGCGAAGCAGGGAACGUUAUUGCUGAAAGACUACCCCCCAGCUUAUAAUAUGGCGAAAGCGAUAUGUAAUGCUUGCCCAGAAAAAUUAACAAGCUACAUCAGUCAAUACUUCAAUAAUGUCAUCUUGGAUGCUUCUGGCCCCUCCGGUAUCAACGGGUUGAAAAAUCGCCGCAAUAGCUUGGACGAGUCUGAAGAUGAGGGUGAAAAUAUCAAAGAUCUUAACAAGGCUCAUAGGCUGAUACGGGAAUUAUGGCGAGCCUGCCCGGAUGUACUGCAACAUGUUAUCCCACAGCUUGAGGCUGAGUUAUCCGCAGAUUCCAUUUCCCUUCGCCUGCUAGCAACACAGACUAUUGGCGACUUAGCAGCAGGAAUUGGUGUUGCAGGCCCUCCUCCCGAUCCAUUAUUGGAUCCGGCUGCCUACCCUCGUCCUUCUUUGAGUGAUGACACAGAAUCUGUCUCUCAAGUGAAUGCUCUUUUGAAUCCUCUAUCACCUAAGCCAUUCUCGCAAUCCCACUCUUCAGCAUAUGAAAGCUUCCUAUCUCGCCGCCAGGAUAAGUCCCCUUCCGUGCGAGCCUCAUGGGCCACGGCAAUUGGGAGGAUACUCCUUACCUCAGCUGGAGGUACAGGUUUGAAUACGGCGGAGUCGAACAAUUUGAUAGCCGGGCUCGCCAGGGCCCUAGGAGACGCCGACGAAAAGGUCCGGAUUGCUGCUGUAGAGGCUCUCGCAAAAUUUGGCUAUAAGGAUGUCAUCAAGAAGCUUGGGUCUGACGGCGGCCUUUCUGAGCCUGACUCUCUUCUUUCAGUGCUAGCAGCACGAGUUAAAGAUAGGAAACAUGCAGUACGUGAACAAGCAAUGAACGUGCUAGGAAAAAUGUGGGCAGUGGCAUCCGGCGAUAUUGAAGCAAACAACGAGGAGGUUAUGACCGUUCUUAAAGAUGCACCUUCGAAAAUUUUCGACGCUUACUAUACCAAUGACCUUGACCUUCAAGUGCUUCUUGACCAUGUCAUCUACGAAGUGCUUUUGCCCCUUACUUAUCCACCGAUAAAGUCUAAACAAGCCAAAGGCCAAUCGCAGAAAUCAAAGACUGCUAAGGGCAAUCAGGAAGAUGAUGUAGACCCUGACUCCAUCCGUGCCCGUCGUAUUCUCACAUUGGUCAAUGGACUAGAUGAGAAAUCAAAGAAUGUAUUCUUCGCUUUUCAGUCUCGACAGCUCAAAAUGCGAGCCUUCAUGGAUUUUUAUCUGACUGCAUGCGAAGAAUACAAUGGAGGUGUGAUGGAUGAUAAUGAGGAAGCGGUCAAAAGUAAACUAACUAGAGUCAUCGAUCAGCUCUCUAAAAUGCUCCCAGAGGCCUCACGGGCCUCUGCGGACCUGUGGAAGUUUGCAAAAAUGCACGAUAGGCGCAGCUACCAACUUAUCCGAUUUGCCAUGGCCGCUGCAAGUGAUUACCGGAUUGUGGCGAGAGCUAUACGAGAACUGUCCAACAGAAUCUUGUCGAGUACAUCCGCAACUACAACAAUGCUUGAAUCCUUGAUCCCUCUGAUUUACCGCAGCAGCUCCCUGAUCUUCAACAGAAGCCACAUACCCUGUAUUAUGACAAUAUCAAGGACUGAUGAACAUGGGCUAGGCAAUAUAGCGCAUGAAUUUCUACGUGAAACUUCGUCACAGAAUCCAGAAGUUCUCGAAACUCAUGUUCAAGAAAUGUGCAAGGAUCUAGAGUCGCAGGCUCCCAAUGCACAAAGAAGUGAUGAUCCUGCUGUCGAGGAAAUCCUAAAGGCCUGUGCCGGGUUUGCUAAAAAGCUACCGGCAAAACUACCUACUCAUAAACAGUUCCAAGUAGCUCUAAUAAAUUAUGCGAUGUACAGCUCGUCCCCCGUUGCAGCAAAGUGCGCAGUUUCGAUAAUUAUGGCAACUUCGGACAAGAAAGAGAUGUAUGCUCGGGACCUUGUCAAGAAGAGCGUGCAGAAAUUCACUUACGGUUCUAACCACUUCCUAACCAAACUGGCAGCUCUCUCCCAACUCACACUUCUCGCAUCCAAGGAAGUUGACCGAGAAGAAGACGCUAUUCUCAGGAUUGCAACAGAUCAGAUCCUAUUCAAAAAUCGCAACCCAGAUCCAAAUCCUGGGUACUCAUGGUCUGACGAAGCUGACGAGGAACUACAAGCUAAGGAGUGGGCUUUGAAAAUACUUGUGAACCGAGUGCGCUCUAGAGAAUACUCUGAUGACGAUGAAGAAUUCAAACAAUAUGCAGACUCGGUCUAUGCUAUUUUAAAUACUCUCAUUGAGAAACAUGGAGAGCUUUCGAAGACUGAAGAUACCCCUUGGUCACAAAGGUCCAGGCUUCGUUUGAUGGCUGCCAAAUUAGUUGUCAAGCUUUGCGCCUCAAAAUCAGUUUGUGACCGAAUGUUCACGCCCCAGAAUUUCAAUGCUAUUGCGCUAGUGACUCAAGACCCUCUGCUCGAAGUAAGGCGAGGUUUUAUCGGCCAGGUUAAAAAGCGACUUGUUCAGACACCAAAUCUCAACCCCCGGUGGUACCUCAUUACAUUCCUCGUCGCAUUCGAACCAAAUGGAAACCUUUACGAUAGUACACUUACAUGGAUACGAUCAAGAGCGUCCUUCUUUUCCCGCCGACCAAGCAGUUCCGCCGCUGGUCCAGACCAGCAAUCAUCCCAAACGACUAUGGAAGCUCUAUUCGCUCGUCUUCUCUCCCUCCUUGCUCACCACCCCGACUACCCACCCGAAGGAUCCGAUGAAAUGACCAUUGAGGAGGACCUAGUUAGCUUCUCCCGAUAUAUCCUUUUCUACCUCUCUGCAGUCGCCAAUGAAAACAACCUCUCCUUGAUUUUCCACAUUGCCCAGCGCGUCAAGCAAGCGCAGGACGCAAUCUCAGACCCCGAAGCAUCCGCGAUAAUGUCCGCUCGACUACAUACCCUUUCAGAUCUAUCCCAAGCCCUCAUCCGCAGGUUCGCAGAAUGUUACUCUCAACAACACAAAAUUGGCGGGAGUGGCAGCAGUGGGGUAGCCAAUAUCCUUCAGACGUUCCCGGGAAAGAUGCGACUCCCCAGCAGUCUAUUUGCAAAUAUACCAAGCCACGAAGAGGCUCAAUCAACAGCUGAGAAGAACUUCCUGCCCGAGGUGGUUGAAAAUAGGCUAGAUCGGGUUGUUCGACGGUUCAUGAAACCGAAGGCCAUGAAUGCAAGCUCUGUGGCUGGAAAAAAGCGGAAGAUUGACUACAAGUCUAGUACUAAACCAACUGCAGACGAUGACGAUGACAAUGCAUAUGAGAAUGGAGGAUCUUCGAAGAAGCAGCGGAAGGAGAAAAAGCAAACAUCAUCCCGAACCGUUCCUAUUCGCAGGAAGUCUACGGCGGGUGGCUCUGAGUCCAAACGCAAGAAAAAGAAGGACGGAGAUGAUUGGGAUUCUGACGGCGAUGAAGGGGCCAAGCCUUCAUCAGCAGCAGCGCGACGGAGAUCCGGUAGAGGUACGAAGAAUAUGAAUGUUAGCUAUGCGGAGGGUGAUAGCGAUGAAGAUGACAAGGAAAUGCAAGCGUGGGAUGAAAGAGGGGAGCAGCGGGAGGAAGCCCCUGACUCGGAAGAAGAUGACAGUGACAACGACAGUGCCGAGGAGGAUGAAGGCGAAGAGAACAAUCUCCCUCAGGUGCCUGAAGACGCCGAGAUGAGCGAUGUUCCCCAGGACCUAUCAACGCCGGAGGUAUCUUUGUCGCCAACGCCUGAGCCAUCCUCGCCAGCCCCGGAGACACGAAAGUCCAAACGAGGUCGGUCCGCAAAGUCCGCACCUAAAGCUGUGAAAAAUCCACCCGGCAGGCCGAAGAGGAAGGUCAAAGCAUGA